ACAGAGGAAAAGAGGUAAUUCAAAAUUUCUAAAAGAGAGAGAGAGAAAAUAAAAAAAGUUCUGAACUUUGAACAGUCGGCGUACCAAGUUUGACGUAAGUCAAUAUGGUUCAAGCCCAACCGCAAUGCAAAAGGAAGCAUUUCAGUUAAGUUAGUUGACAGUUGGUGCAAAACCCCAAACAGGCAAAACAGACGCAUCCCAAAAUGGCUGCAACGCUUCAACUAAGUCCUCUGGUCUCAGCCACCCCAAGCUUCGUAGCUCCCACAAACCAAAGGGAAUCCAAAGCUAUGGCCAAGGACACUUCCCCAACUGGGUUACUCAGAAACUGUAAAACCAUGAACGAAGUCAAGCAACUUCACUGUCAAAUCAGUAAAAAAGGCCUCAGAAACAGACCCUCUACUGUUACCAAUCUAAUUACUACAUGUGCCGAAAUGGGCACCUUUGAAAGCUUAGAUUAUGCCCGGAAAGCCUUCAACUUGUUCCUUGAAGACGAAGAAACAAAGGGUCAUAUAUUGUUCAUGUACAAUUCUUUGAUAAGGGGUUACUCUAGUGCUGGACUUAGUGAUGAGGCCGUUUUGCUUUAUGUUCAGAUGGUGGUGAAGGGUAUUUUGCCCGAUAAGUUCACAUUUCCGUUUGUGCUGAGCGCUUGCUCCAAGGUUGUGGCUUUCAGUGAAGGGGUUCAGCUCCAUGGAGCACUUGUUAAGAUGGGUUUGGAGGAAGAUGCAUUUAUUGAGAAUUCUUUGAUCCAUUUCUAUGCUGAAAGUGGGGAGUUGGAUUAUAGCCGAAAGGUGUUCGAUGGAAUGGCCGAGAGAAAUAUCGUGUCGUGGACUAGUUUGAUUUGUGGUUAUGCUAGGAGGCAGUUUCCAAAGGAGGCUGUUUCUUUGUUUUUUGAGAUGGUGGCGGCUGGUAUUAAACCAAAUUCGGUAACCAUGGUGUGUGUCAUUUCUGCUUGUGCAAAGUUGAAGGAUCUUGAAUUGAGUGAGAGGGUGUGUGCUUACAUUGGGGAGUCGGGAGUGAAGGUUAAUACGCUUGUAGUAAAUGCACUUGUUGAUAUGUAUAUGAAAUGUGGAGCUACUGAUGCUGCAAAGCGGCUUUUUGACGAAUGUGGGGAUAAAAACUUGGUUCUUUACAAUACAAUUUUGUCCAAUUAUGUGCGUCAGGGACUGGCUAGGGAGGCACUUGCUGUAUUGGAUGAAAUGCUUAGACAAGGUCCAAGACCAGACAAGGUUACACUGUUGUCUGCAAUCUCAGCUUGUGCACAACUAGGUGAUUCUCUGUCCGGAAAGUGCUGCCAUGGUUAUGUGAUCAGAAAUAGACUCGAAGGUUGGGAUGCUAUUUGUAAUGCCAUGAUUGACAUGUACAUGAAGUGUGGAAAACAAGAGAUGGCCUGCGGAAUUUUCGAUAAUAUGUCCAACAGGACUGUAGUGUCAUGGAACUCAUUGAUUGCUGGUUUUAUCAGAAGUGGUGAUGUGAACUCAGCUUGGCAGAUGUUCAAUGAGAUGCCGAAGAGCGAUCUUGUCUCUUGGAACACCAUGAUUGGUGCUUUAGUCCAAGAGAGUAUGUUUGUGGAAGCAAUUGAGCUUUUUCGGGUGAUGCAGGCUGACGGAAUAAAAGGAGAUAGGGUGACCAUGGUGGAAGUGGCAUCUGCCUGCGGAUAUCUAGGAGCUCUUGAUCUUGCAAAGUGGACCCAUGCUUAUAUUGAGAAAAAUAAAAUUGACUGUGAUAUGCGGCUUGGCACAGCCUUAGUUGACAUGUUUGCUAGAUGUGGAGAUCCUCAAAGUGCAAUGAAAGUGUUCAGUAGCAUGGCAAGAAGAGAUGUUUCUGCUUGGACUGCAGCCAUUGGAGCAAUGGCCAUGGAGGGAAAUGGUGAACGGGCUCUAGAGCUUUUUGAUGAAAUGAUUAGGCAAGGGGUGAAACCAGAUGAAGUAGUCUUUGUGGCUGUAUUAACAGCAUGCAGCCAUGUUGGGUUUGUGAAACAAGGGUGGAACAUUUUCAGGUCAAUGAAGUCAGUCCAUGGAAUUUCCCCUCAUAUUAUUCACUAUGGUUGCAUGGUUGAUCUACUAGGCCGAGCCGGGCUCUUGGGAGAAGCUUUUGAUCUGGUAAAGGGCAUGCCAAUGGAGCCUAAUGACGUCAUUUGGGGGACUCUCUUAGCCGCUUGUCGAACCUACAAAAAUGUCGAAAUUGCAUCAUAUGCAGCCAAACGGUUAUCCAAGUUGCCUACUCAGAGGACUGGGAUUCAUGUGCUUCUAUCAAACAUAUAUGCAUCUGCUGAGAAAUGGGCUGAUGUUGCAAAAGUGAGGCUACAUUUGAAGGAGAAAGGGAUACACAAGGUGCCCGGAUCAAGCUCCAUAGAGGUCAAUGGAAUGAUCCAUGAGUUUAUUUCUGGUGGUGAUACAAACACAGAGAAGAGCGAGCUUACAUUGAUGCUACAAGAAAUAAACUGCAGACUGAGAGAAGCUGGCCAUGUUCCUGAUUUGGACAAUGUCCUGCUUGAUGUUGAUGAGAAGGAAAAAGAGUACUUGCUCAGUCGGCAUAGUGAGAAACUUGCCAUAGCUUUUGGGCUGAUAGGUACAGGGCAAGGCGUGCCGAUUCGUGUGGUUAAGAAUCUCAGAAUGUGCUCUGACUGUCACUCCUUUGCCAAGUUAGUGUCAAGAAUAUACAACCGGGAAAUUAUAGUUCGGGAUAACAACAGGUUUCAUUUUUUCAAUCAGGGGCUUUGCUCUUGUAGUGAUUACUGGCAGCAGGAAGCUGCUUCCUAUAUGUGAUAAAGCACAAGGCCUUAAUAUAUAACAAGAGAUAGUUUCUG